ACCAGCACCCCGACCUUUUCGCAGCAGGAUGUCCGUGGUUGGCAUUGACCUCGGCUUUCUCAACUGCUACAUCGCAGUAGCGAGGAGUGGCGGCAUUGAGACCAUCGCCAACGAGUACAGCGACAGGUGUACCCCGGCCUGUAUAUCUUUAGGAUCAAGAACUCGGGCCAUUGGAAAUGCAGCAAAGAGCCAGAUAGUCACGAAUGUAAGAAAUACAAUUCAUGGCUUCAAAAAGCUUCAUGGGCGAUCAUUUGAUGAUCCCAUUGUGCAGACUGAAAGGAUCAGGCUUCCCUAUGAAUUGCAGAAGAUGCCUAAUGGAAGUACAGGAGUGAAGAUUCCUAGCUUUUUCACUGAUGCAGAGAGAAGAUCUGUGAUGGCUGCAGCCCAAGUUGCAGGCUUAAAUUGCUUAAGGUUGAUGAAUGAAACUACUGCAGUUGCACUAGCAUAUGGAAUUUACAAACAGGAUCUUCCCCCAUUAGAUGAGAAACCAAGAAAUGUGAUAUUUAUUGAUAUGGGACAUUCUGCCUAUCAGGUCUCGGUUUGUGCUUUUAACAAAGGAAAACUUAAAGUCUUGGCUGCUGCCUUUGAUCCAUAUUUGGGUGGCAGGAACUUUGAUGAGGCUUUAGUAGACUACUUCUGUGAUGAGUUCAAGACAAAAUAUAAGAUAAAUGUGAAAGAAAACUCUCGGGCCUUGUUGCGUUUAUAUCAGGAAUGUGAAAAACUAAAGAAGCUGAUGAGUGCAAAUGCAUCAGAUCUUCCAUUGAACAUUGAGUGUUUCAUGAAUGACCUUGAUGUUUCUAGUAAAAUGAACAGGGCUCAAUUUGAGCAAUUAUGUGCUUCUCUCUUGGCCAGGGUUGAACCACCUUUAAAAGCAGUAAUGGAACAAGCUAACUUACAACGUGAAGACAUAAGUAAUAUAGAAAUUGUAGGAGGAGCAACACGAAUUCCUGCAGUGAAGGAACAAAUCACUAAAUUCUUUCUUAAAGAUAUAAGUACCACAUUAAAUGCUGAUGAAGCUGUUGCAAGAGGAUGUGCAUUACAGUGUGCGAUUCUCUCACCAGCGUUUAAAGUGCGUGAAUUUUCUAUAACAGACAUUGUUCCCUAUUCAAUCACAUUAAGGUGGAAGACCUCUUUUGAAGAUGGAACCGGGGAAUGUGAAGUAUUUUGUAAGAAUCACCCUGCCCCAUUCUCAAAAGUUAUUACUUUCCACAAGAAGGAACCAUUUGAAUUAGAAGCAUUUUAUACAAAUUUACAUGAAGUGCCUUAUCCUGAUCCAAGAAUUGGGAGCUUCACUAUUCAGAAUGUUUUUCCACAGUCGGAUGGUGAUAGUUCCAAAGUGAAGGUUAAAGUUCGUGUUAACAUCCAUGGAAUCUUCAGUGUGGCUAGUGCUUCAGUAAUUGAGAAGCAAAAUUUAGAAGGGGAUCACAGUGAUAUUCCUAUGGAGACAGAAACUUCAAUUAAGAGUGAAAACAAAGAUGAUGUGGAUAAAAUGCAAGUGGACCAGGAAGAAGGAGCUCAUCAAAAAUGUCAUGCAGAACAUACCCCAGAAGAGGAAAUUGAUCAUACAGGAGCCAAAGCAAAGUCAACUCCCUCAGACAAACAAGAGCGAUUAAAUCAGACCAUUAAAAAAGGAAAAGUCAAGAGUAUUGAUCUACCUAUUCAGAGUACCCUGUGUAGACAACUGGGCCAAGAUGUUCUCAACAGCUACAUUGAAAAUGAGGGGAAGAUGAUUAUGCAGGAUAAGUUAGAGAAAGAAAGAAAUGAUGCUAAGAAUGCUGUUGAAGAAUACGUAUAUGAUUUUAGAGACAAGCUGGGCACUGUCUAUGAAAAAUUUAUCACUCCAGAAGACUUGAAUAAACUGUCUGCAAUAUUGGAAGACACAGAAAACUGGCUUUAUGAAGAAGGAGAGGACCAACCUAAACAAGUCUAUGUAGACAAGCUUCAAGAACUAAAGAAAUAUGGCCAGCCUAUUCAAAUGAAGUACAUGGAACAUGAAGAGAGACCAAAAGCUUUAAAUGACUUGGGGAAAAAGAUCCAACUUGUUAUGAAAGUGAUAGAAGCAUAUAGAAACAAGGAUGAAAGAUAUGAUCAUUUGGAUCCUGCCGAAGUAGAAAAAGUUGAAAAAUACAUCAGUGAUGCCAUGAGUUGGCUCAACAGUAAGAUGAAUGCACAAAACAAACUAAGUCUCACUCAAGAUCCUGUGGUAAAAGUUUCAGAAAUAGUUGCAAAAUCAAAGGAACUGGAUAAUUUCUGUAACCCCAUCAUUUAUAAACCUAAACCAAAAGUAGAAGUUGCUGAAGACAAAGCAAAAGCUAAUAGUGAACACAAUGGACCAAUGGAUAGACAGAGUGGAACUGAAACUAAACCAGAUACAGCAAAAGACAACUCACAGCAUCCUAAAUCUUCUGGCGAGAUGGAAGUGGAAUAAGUCUUAAUUUUAUCUUUGCAUAAUUGAAACAGUGCAAACAACCAUAGGGUCCAUUCUUCUUUUACAUCUGGUACAUACAACAGAUGUUCAGUUGUUCUUAACCACUUUUUGUCAUUUGUUUUUUGGAGUAGUUUUGAAGAGUGUUUUAUAUUGAGUGCACUUCUGUUCAUUUCCAUUGCUGUUUAUUUGAAGCUUUAGCUGAAUAUAGAUUUACAAGUCAGUUUAAGCUUUCUUGACAUAUUUUAUAUCAAACAUUUAGGAUUGGUAUGUAGUUGGCAACAGUCUACCUUAUUUAAAGCUUCUACUUGGAUAAACCUCAGUUCCUUUAUUCAGAAAGGGAUAAAGUAUUGCACUAUUGUUGCAGAAACACAGAUUUAAUUGCAUUGUUAUUUUGAAAAACAAAAAUUGAAAUUGAUGGGGUUGAAACCACUGAGGCACUGACCUUUUUCUAGUUAUUGUAUUGUUAUAAUUUAAAUGUUAAACCAAAAAGUGGUUCCUC